GUUUAGGCAGACGCUUUCCUUCCUCUGUCACUCUGUCUCAAGCUGUUUGGCUCAAACCGUUCCGUCUCGGCAGCUGUUCUGGCAUCCUGUCGUUCGGCAUCGCUCAGCCACUGCGGAUGGAGGUGGCAAUCCCCUGCAAGAGCGGCAGGUAUUCCACUCGCGUUGGCUGGCACGAUCACCCAGACUUUGUCAAAGACGUGCGAGCAUUUCGCGAGAGGGCGUCCCGCGGCGAGGUCCUCUGGAUGAAGCACUGCGUGGAGAUGGCGUCGGGCAUCCUCGACCCAACCAAGCACGACUUCAUCUCUCUGCAGCUCUUCUGAUGGCGCCACGUCUGGAAGCAGGGGCGGACGCCCGGGGCGGCCCGCCCAGCGGGUGCCCCGCGCGGCCUGUUCUUCGCGGGCGCCGCCCGUGCCGAGCGGGAGAGCACGCCCGCGCCGCACCAUCCCGGGAUCCGUACAUCCUAUCAACUCUUGAUUUGCUCAGGAGGGCCGAAGAUGAGCUCACUGCUGCGCUUCGCAAGAUGCUCAGGCACGGGCCACAUAAUCUUGCUGGCAUGUCAGACGACAAAGCCAAUUUGGGAAAAUCUUGCAAGGAUGAAGGUCAAAACGUGGGCGAACAGCCCAUCGGCAGCCUCGACAUGGCAGCGAUCAUCCGGACAUCGCAUUUCCAUCGUGACCAAAGUCUGAAGCGGGAGCAAGCCCAUCUCACCCAUUCGGAUUGCGCACCCAAUUCUUUCGAUGCCCUCUAUGCUAGUUGGCUUGGCAUGGACGGCAGAGAUUUCAUUGCAUAUCGCACGUUCUUCUGGAAAGGAAGAUUACAUCUUUUUGACAAGGAUCAGCGUCCUGAGAAGAACUGCGAGCGCAGUCAGCAGCAAAUUCAUACUGUCAAAUUUUAUAUUGAGCGGGCAAUCGAGCUACUGGAGUACCUCUGCAAUACAGGUGGUCAACCCACUCAGCAACGCAGCAUAUUCCAGAGCAACCUUGACAAUCUGCAAGAACUGCGUGAGAAUUUGAUCGGCCUGGGGAAGGUCAACGACCACCUUCGCGCGUAUUCCCUGGCGGAGAUUGGCCAUCGGUUCCAUGAGAGGAAGGAGUUGGGAAAUCAUGGUCGCGAGGUCAAGCUGACCAAACAUCAACGGCAGUGGAUUACACGCCAGGCGUUGAUUGACUUACUGAGCGUUUAUGAUCAUAGCACACCAGACGAACAGAACCAGGUGGAGCAUUUCGUCCUCAACAGCGUUGUGGCCAGACAGGCUUCUGAAGUAAAGCCAGCGUGUGUCAAAGCGUGGGGGGCUGGGCGAACAGGUUUUGGAAGCGAGGGCAGCUACUACGACUACUACCGCAGACACGUGGAGGAUGACGCCAAGUCUGCGGCACGCCUGGAAGCGCCUGCGACGCCGCCCGCGGGAGCGGCCCAGCCGCCCGAGCUGGCCGCGGCCGCCGUGGAGGCGACGGCUGCGCCUCUCCGGGACGCGCCGGGGCCGGCCGCGGCGCCGGUGGAGGCCCGACCGGGCGGCUUUUAUAAGAGGGUGGCCUUUGGCCGGGGUGACCUCCCGGCGCGGGCGGAAGGGGGCCCCCCCGCUCGCGGAGCGCGCAGCGUCGGCAGCGGCCUGCGCGUCCAGUUUUUGUUGGGCCACCCCGCGUCCCCCGUUCGGCCCGCGCACCAGAGGCCGCUCUCGCCCGCCGAGAGGUGCCUGCGACGCUGCCCGUGGGUAUCCCGGAGCUGCCGGAGGCACGGGCGGGGGCCCUCGCUGCGGCGCCCGUGGACGCCCCCGGGCGGCCCGAGGGACAGGCGGCACCCGCGGGGAGCCCUGCCGCACCCCCCGCGGACGCGGCCGAGCUGCCGGAAGCAGCACGGGCCGUCGAGACGCCGCCCGCAGCGGCGCCGGCGUCGGGCGAGGAGGCCUCCCUGCAGGGGCCCGUGGGCGCUGGGCGCGCGGAGGACGCGGGCUCGGCGCCGGCACCGCCCAGGCUGGCAGCGGGCGCAGCGGUGGGGAAGUGGGGGAGCUGGAGCCUCUGGAGCUGCAGCCCACUCUUCUUCAACGCGCCGAGCAGCUGCGUCUGCCCACAGUGGCGGGUCUCCGUCGGCAGCCGUCGCACCGCAGGCGCUGGCCGUCCGCGGGCUCGGGGCGGGCCCCUGCGCGGCCCCUCCGAGGCACCCGCGGCGGCAACGGCUGCGCCUCCCCGGGGCGUGCCGGGCUCGCCCGCAGCACCGGCGGAGGCGCCGGUGGAGGCUCCGGCUGCGGCACCCGCGGGCGCACCAGGGCCGCUGGCGGGGGCUCCUGCGGCCUGGGCCGUGCUCCCCGUGGACCUGCCAGAGCCGCCCGCGGCAGUGUCGAGGGAGGCCCCUCCCGCGGCGGCUCCCGCGGGGGACGCCAUUGGGCUGGCCGAGGCGCUCCUGGAGGCACCAGGGGAGGGCGCCCGCCCUACGGGCGCGUCUCUGGCGCAGGCGCCGCCCGAGCUGGCCGCGGGCGAGGCAGCCACGGUGGCUGCCCGCUGGGCGUCGAGCUUCCGCUGGAGCAGCUGCUUUGGCCUUCUGCUCGUGUCUGCCUGGAUGACUUUCGUUUUGGAUGACCGCUUCUGGUCCUGACCGCUUCUGAUUCCUGUUGCUUCGUCAAGCUGCUCGCUCCGCGUAGGGGGGCAGAUGUUUGCGUGGUCGAGGGGCCUGCGGACGUCUUCGGCUUCUGCACCAGCUGCCCAGCGGAAACGGCAUCCGCCAACCUGUCGACCCUGCUGCGAGGGGGAGUUCUGGGUGCUUGACGUCUUCGGAGCACCCUUUGGCGCUCUCUUGGGCGCGCCCAGCUCAUCUCCCCCUCGUUGGCGCGCCAAGUUCGUCAACUCGAGGCGAAUCGAGCCAUGUCGCCAUCGAAGUCGUAGUGGAGUCGACGGGGGGGGCCCU